UUCUCUUGAAAAAUGACAAUUCCUAUCACUGUCUGUGUCUGUCAAAUGUAUUAUCUUACUUGCCAGUACCUUUGAAUGGAUCUGAGUCAGUAGUUUUGAUGACAUUCUGGAACAUGUGCAUGAAUGUAGUGUACAGUGAUUGGUCAAAAACACGGUACGAAAUAUGAAGCUAUGUUGGCGGUAAAGAAUGCAAUGUGCUGUUUUGUUUCUUUUAAGUGUUUUGUUACCAUUGGCCUCAACAGUGAAGCUGGGAAAAGCCAUUUUAUGGAUAUGUCUGCUUGUCAGUAACCUCACAGUUUCCAGUGCCUUCCUCAUUAUCGCUGUCAACUGUUUACAGUGUCUUCAUUAGCAGCCAGCCCUCUAAUGAUAACAAAGCUUAAAAGAAGGCAUCAAUGGCAGUGAUAAGCAUGGCCAAGCUACUAUUUUGGUUGACACAAGUCCCCCUGUUUACUCUGGGAGCAUGGGAGCGGACAUCAGGACUGUGGUCCUUGCAUUGGAGAUCUCCAUUUUCAAACCUUGCCAUCGCAAAGUCUGUUUUCAAGCCGGGAAGAAGGUAAAGUUUGUGCCAGCACAGUGGCUUAGAAAGAAUCUAAUUUCAAAAUGCAGACUUCCAGAUCAUUCCUGUUCAAGGUGUGUUUGAGUCUGGUGGUCUCUAUUGGCUCCUGCACCUGUAAACCUCAUACUAAUGACAUCCAGAGUGAGGACCCAGAGGGACUGUACUCUCAGCUGUCAGAGGAGGAACUUCUGGAGGAGCAAGACACCGACUCCAGAAUGGAGAACCUCCUGGGAACCAUGAAGGAGGACUUUCUGAGGAAACUCAACCUGUCGGAUGUUCCUCAGGAGCACAGCAAAAUCCACCCACCUUGGUUCAUGAUGGAGCUUUACAACAAGUACGCUUCAGACAGCUCGGUGAUCCCUCAGUCUGAUGUCAUACGAAGCUUCACUGUCCAAGAUAUCACUCUCUCUGUGACAAAUGGCAUAAAGUCAAAGCACAGGCUGCAGUUCAACAUCAGCAUCCCCAACCAUGAAAAGAUCACUACUGCUGAACUACAACUCUACUUCCUCCCAGAUCCCAAGUCAGAGGUAACCUCGCACAAUUUCAAGGCCACCGUCAAAGUCUAUGAAGUGAAUUUCAUCGAUUUCUCCUCCACAACUCAACUACUGGUUGGCAAAGGGGUGACAGGCUCGCAGAGCACAUGGGUGACUUUGGAUGUGACCACAGCUAUUCAGAGCUGGAUCAGGUCAGGCCAUGGAGCAACCAUUUUUGAUGUAGUGGUGGACAGGAAGGACUGUGGGGUUUUUAAAGGCGGAGAAGUAGGGGCAGGCUGUUUUAAUAUGAGUGUGUCUGUUGGAGAUAACACUUCAGCAGCUUUAAUAGUCUUCUCAGAUGACUUGAGCAGUAGGAGGAGGGAGACAAAGAAGGAAUUAAGAGAGAUGAUCCUUCACGAAGAAGAAACCAUCUUACACUCGGGUGCUGACUGGAAUAGAGGAGAUCAGCUUCCAAACGAGAUCCCGGAGGCUCUGCAUCCGCGGAGAAAGAAAAGAAAGGCAGAGAGGGAAUACUGUCGGCGGACCUCUCUCAAAGUCAACUUUAAAGACAUUGGCUGGGACAGCUGGAUUGUGGCUCCACCAGAAUAUGACGCCUUUGAAUGUCGAGGACUGUGUUACCACCCGUUGACGGAUGAAUCUACCCCGUCAAAACAUGCCCUCAUCCAGACACUGAUGAACAUCAGGGACCCCAAGAGGGCCAACAUGGCAUGCUGCGUUCCCAUCAAGCUGGACCCCAUCACAGUCAUGUAUCGGGAGAAUGGACGCCUCACUAUAAGAUACCUUUAUGAAGAGAUGAAGGUGGCAGAGUGUGGCUGCAGGUAGUCAGAGAGAAUUGGGUUGCUCUGGUGGUAGCACAGGUGGUUGUAAUGGCUCUAAUGCUGCAUUUCAUUCAAGUCAGUCUGACGUUUAUGGGUUGGUCCAGUAAAUUGAAAGUAGUCCAGAAACAUGGA